UUUGCAUACUUUCUGCCUUGUGUCGUGCUCGUGCUCGUGUAUCGUGUCCUUGGUAUUUUUCGCAAUCUCUUGGCCGAUUUACUAUUGAUUGAUUUUACUGUGUGAUUUUUCGAAAUGGCACAGAACAAAUUCAGCGAGAUGGCCUCGCGCUUCGGCAAAGGCACAAACGGGGUGCCGAUGAGUCUCAAGGUUCUCGCCGCUGCUGGUGUCGCAGCUUAUAGCGUUUCUAAAUCCAUGUAUACAGUUGAAGCUGGUCAUAGAGCGAUCAUAUUUUCUCGACUGGGUGGUAUUCAAAAGGAUAUCAUGACUGAGGGUUUGCACUUCCGUAUUCCGUGGUUCCACUAUCCGAUAAUUUACGACAUUAGGAGCAGACCUAGGAAAAUCUCGUCACCAACAGGAUCCAAGGAUUUGCAGAUGGUCAACAUUUCUCUACGUGUUCUUUCUCGUCCUGAUGCUAGCACACUGCCAGCUAUGUAUCGACAAUUGGGCCUUGAUUACGAUGAAAAGGUAUUGCCAAGUAUCUGUAAUGAAGUGCUAAAAUCUGUUGUCGCUAAAUUUAAUGCGUCACAACUGAUAACACAAAGACAACAAGUAUCUAAUAUGGUGCGCAAGGAAUUAACAGAACGAGCUCGAGAUUUUAAUAUUGUUCUCGACGAUGUCUCGAUAACUGAGCUUAGUUUUGGCAAAGAAUACACUGCUGCAGUCGAGGCCAAACAGGUAGCCCAACAAGAGGCCCAACGAGCUGCUUUUGUGGUAGAAAGAGCUAAACAAGAACGACAACAAAAAAUUGUACAAGCUGAAGGAGAAGCAGAAGCAGCUAAAAUGCUUGGUUUAGCUGUCGGACAGAAUCCUGGAUAUUUGAAGUUACGUAAAAUACGAGCUGCACAAAAUAUUUCACGUACAAUUGCUAAUUCCCAAAACAGAGUAUUCCUCAGUGGCAAUAGCUUGAUGUUGAAUAUUCAAGAUCCCACGUUUGAUGAGAGCUCAGACAAGCUGAAAAACAAAGUGAGCUGGAAGAGCUGGGAUAAGGCAACUGAUUGUGCCAUCCAGAGUCUAAAUACCAGUUCCCAUCAAGCAUUGCUAAAUACUGGAAAGUUUGGCAUCGAGGCUCAACCACAUAGGACACAUGUCUCCUCAUCUCUCCUACUGGAAUCAGCAAAUGAUGGUGUUAAGCUUAUAACACCGUGACAAUAAGAGAGAUUUCGCGAUGCGAGCAUAUUUCCACCCAACACAAAUUCUCCUUGCCUUCUGUCAGAAUAUUUUCCUAUUGUCUAUGUUUGAAUAAUUGAUGAUGAUAAAUAGAUAAAUUCUAUAAUCAUAA